AUGACACUGUUUAACAAUUUCCGUAAAUUUAGUAAUUUUGUGAAGCCGCUCAAAAGGACGGAGUGUCUCUUGGUACUAUCAAAGCGCACAUAUGCCAAUGGGACAUACGACUAUGACUUGGCGGUCAUCGGUGGUGGGUCGGGGGGCCUAGCCUGCGCCAAGGAGGCUGUGAACCAGGGUGCUAGAGUAGCAGUGUUAGAUUACGUGACACCGUCCCCACAAGGUACGAAAUGGGGACUCGGCGGAACGUGUGUGAACGUUGGAUGCAUACCGAAGAAGUUGAUGCAUCAGGCUGCUUUGCUUGGAGAGGCUAUUCAUGAAGCUGUGGCAUACGGUUGGGAAGUACCCUCAGCGGAUCAAAUCAAAAUCAACUGGUCGGCUUUAACGGAGUCCGUACAGAACCACAUUAAAUCCGUCAACUGGGUCACAAGGGUGGACCUCAGGGAGAAGAAAAUAGAGUACAUCAACGGAUUAGGAUCGUUUAAGGACCCGCACACGUUAAUAGCAACAAUGAAGAAUGGCAGCAAGAAGGAGCUCACGGCGAAGAAUGUUGUGAUCGCGGUUGGUGGCAGGCCCCACUACCCCGAUAUUCCCGGGGCUAAGGAGUAUUGCAUAAGCAGCGACGACAUCUUCAGUUUGAGCCAUCCUCCUGGCAAGACUCUGGUUGUUGGUGCUGGAUAUAUUGGUUUGGAAUGCGCCGGCUUCCUAAACUCGCUGGGCUACUCCGCGACAGUGUUGGUCCGGUCAGUUCCCCUGCGCGGCUUCGACCAACAGAUGGCGACGAUGAUCACCAACGAGAUGGAGGAGAAGGGCGUCAAGUUCUUCAACCGCUGCAUACCGGUGUCGGUUGAGAAACUGGAGUCCGGACAGCUGAAGGCGCGGUGGUUAAACACGGAGACAAAAGAACAAGGCGAAGACGUUUUCGACACCGUGCUCUUGGCCACUGGACGAUAUGCUCUCACUGAACAACUCAACCUCGCAGCGGCUGGCGUUAGUGUGCUAUCGGACAGCGGCAAGGUGGUCGCGAGCACGGAGCAGACCAACGUGCCGCACAUAUUCGCGGUGGGGGACGUGUUGGAAGGCCGGCCGGAGCUGACUCCCGUGGCCAUCCACGCGGGCCGUCUGCUGGCGCGCAGAAUGUUCGCGGGAGGUUCGCAGCAGAUGGACUACGAGAACGUCGCCACCACGGUGUUCACGCCGCUGGAGUACGGCUGCGUGGGCUUGAGCGAGGAGACCGCCACUGAGAGGUACGGCGCGGACAACCUAGAAGUGUACCACGCGUUCUACAAACCCACGGAGUUCUUCAUUCCGCAGCGCAACAUUCGCAACUGCUACCUGAAGGCCGUAGCUCUACGCGAGGCGCCGCAACGGGUCCUGGGGCUCCACUUUGUUGGCCCUGUCGCCGGGGAGGUCAUACAGGGCUUCGCGGCCGCUGUCAAAUGCGGUCUAACAAUGGAGCAAUUGUCCAACACGGUGGGCAUACACCCCACUGUGGCGGAAGAGUUCACGCGCCUCAACAUCACCAAGCGCUCCGGCAAGGACCCCAACCCGGCUUCCUGCUGCAGCUAAACACCACCAGCUGAGUGGUAUCCGCACAAGGGACCCGGCGAUACACCUACCACCAUCGAACUAUCACAGUACCACUUAAAUGUAACAUGUAACCUUUCGGCCGGCCGGUUUGCUUGCCAAUACAUUGCCACUACUCGAUACACAGUAGCUUACUGUGAGAUUUUCUACCUUCGAAAUCGAAAGAGCGUAAUCUACUGAAAACACCGUACUCAGUAGGUAGAUGGCGCUCUCUCGAUUUCAUACAAAUCUUAGAUAAUUUUCCCUCUCACUCCAUCGGGGUAAACGGAGUAGUUAUUUGGGACUUGCACCCACUGAAAACCUUGUGUGCCUCGAAUAGACCUCUAAGUGCGAUUACGGUAUUCACCGCACUCACGUAAUUAUAGGUCUCGUCACGCAAAUAAGUUUUAAACAUAAUACUAUUGGAUGUUUGUUUUCCAGUGUAAUAAUCAUUAAAGUGAGUUAUUUCAAUAAAACAAUGGCCUAAACUAUAUAAACCUAUAAAUAACGAUUAACGAAUUAGUAGGAUCGACUUGCUCAUUUCAAGUGACGCGCGAUGUUCGAGAGAAAAUUUAGCUAAUCAAAACAAUAUACUUCAUUUUUUUAUUGUUUGUUGUAUCACGAUUUUCAAAUCUUAAUGUACUAUAACAAGUUGUCUAUUCCACGAAAAACAAUACGACUUGUCAUCUGAUAGGAAAUUGUCUUUUUGCUAGCGGCAAUUGUACAAUCGAUAACUUAUGCAACAUUAUGCAAAAUUUAUGACGUUAAAUAUUACGUCGAAAAAAUUCAGUUCGCAGAACAUCAAAGGUCCCUUUGUAUGAAUGAGAGAUAUCUUAAAAUUUCUAUAUUUAGAACUGUUUGAAUUUAGAAUUUAAAUGUUCUUUAGGAAAUAUUAUUGAGGUCCCUAUGGCAUAGAGUGUAAUAUUUUAAACAAUGAUAUUCUUAGCACAGAUAAUAAAUAAUAAAUGUCCAUCAUGUUUAGUAAUCUGUAUCUAACAGACAGUAGGCUAGGUUACGGUGUAUGAAAAUUCGAAAUUCAUUCCUACAAAUUUUAAGAUAUAAAAUAGUACAUGUUAAUAAAAUCUCAUAUAAAUGUUGUGCCAGAAAGGUAUUAUUAAUUUUCAUGUUUCAUGUUAAUAAAAAAAAAAUGUUAUGAACAUACUAAUGACUAUCAAAAUAGUAUUUAUAAGGGCAUUUUAUUUUUCAUAGAGAGAAAUAAUAGAUAGACUAAACAUAGAAGACAAAAAUAAAGUAUUCUUAUGCCGAAAAUUAUAAUAAGUUACCAAUUUUUAAACGACUACAAAAUGAUACUGUUCUGGAUUUUUUUUAUCCCUAAGAUCAUUUAAAUAAUAUGCUUGCUGUGAAUAAACUUGCCACGUUUGCACACGAAGUUACAAAAGAUAUGAAAAAGCGAAGAUAUAUUUACUUCUAUUGUGCACAAAAUUAAGACUAAUAAAAUAUAUUCACGGGAUAAACACACUCGAUAUAAAAUAUAUUAAAAAUAAAUAAUAAUUUUUGGCCUUGAACAUCCCGUGAGGAUAAUUUAGGUAUAAUUUUUUCUAAAACUUAAUUUUAUACUAUUUGAUCAAAAUGGGUACUAAUUAUUUGAUACAAACGUUUACUAUUGGAAUUGUAAAUAUAAAUGAAUUUCAUUGUUGUCUCGAUGUCGUGAGAAGAUUUGUUAAUUUACGUAGACAGAAAAUAUGUGACCUUUUUGUUUUGCAAAAGAUUUGCUCGUCUGCGUAUUUAUUAUUAUUAUACGUAUUACCUGCUAGUUUCCAGUGCACCCGUCGAGUGUCUUCUAUAAGGCAAGCGUUGUUCUUAAUCUAAUUUAAUUAUUAUGAAUAAUCAGUUCGUUUAUCAGUGUAUUUUUAUUUCUAUUGUGAUUCAACUAAUAAAGUGAUAUAUUUUU